AUGCCACAAUUAGAUGCAAUCUACAUCUUCUGUGAUAAAAAUUUAAGGCAUCAAGAAUGGACAGAAAACUGGACAAAAAUCAAAGGUGUCUAUACAAAUAUCAGCGAAAUCUGUCAAGGAUUACAGCUGGCAGUUAAACAAUGCAACCAAGACUUAAUAGCCGUAAGUUUUAUUACCGUAAAUGAAAUGGCUUCAACUGACAAUCUAAAUCAGUUCGAACCAGCAUUUAUGUGUACCAAGAUAUUCAAAGAAAUUCUCCUUGAUAUCGAAUAUGAUCGUAAGGCAAUCAAGGACUUAGCCAUUUUUUGUCGCAAUCUUUUUCCCGAUAAUAAAGUUGAGUUAAAAAAUAUUGAUGAAUUUGAACAUAGCUAUCGUCCACAACAAGCAAUAUGGUGGUACACACGUGAGUGUUUUACCUAUCAAAUGCUCAAUCGAGCAUUUCAAACGUUCGACGUCGAUAUAAUCAUUAACAUGGGCUUCUUUCUACGUGAUUUACAUCAACAAAUCCAACAAUUAUACGAACAAAAAGUCAGUACUUAUGGUAAAGAACCUUUUGUAGUUUAUCGAGGACAAGGUUUUAUAAAAUCAGACUUCGAAAAACUUCAGAAAACAAAAGAUGGACUAAUCUCAUUUAACAAUUUCUUGUCCACCAGUAAAGAUAGAGAAGUGUCCUUUGAUUUCGCUCGAUGUGCUUCAACAAAAUUUGAUAUGGUGGGCAUUCUCUUUAUAAUGUAUAUUGAUCCUUGUAUGAAAUCAGUACCAUUUGCUUCUAUCAAGGAGAUGAGCUAUUUUAAGGGAGCAGAUGAAAUUCUCUUUUCAAUGCACACCGUCUUUCGAGUGGGUGUAAUUAAACAAAUGAACAAUAAUAAUCAAAUUUAUCAAGUCGAGUUAGAAUUAAUAUCAGACGAAGAUCAACAACUACGAUUACUUACCAAUCGGAUACGAGAAGAAGUUAGUGAUAGUACUGGAUGGCAAAGAUUGGGCAACUUAUUGCUUAAAAUUGGUCAAUUUAAUAAAGCUAAAGAACUUUAUAACGUAUUACUCGUACAAACAUCUGAUGAGGCUGAAAAAGCGCUUUAUUAUAACCAGCUAGGAUAUGUCAAGAAAGAUCAGGGUGAUUAUGAAAAGGCUAUUCGGUAUCAUGAAAAAGCACUCGAAAUUUGUCAAAAAACUCUUCCUUCAAAUCAUCCUUAUUUUGCUACUUCAUACAAUAGCAUCGGUUUGGUGUAUGACAAAAUGGGAGAUUACUCGAGAGCACUUUCAUUUUACGAAAAAGCACUUCAAUUUCAACAGAAAACUCUUCCUUCAAAUCAUUCUGAUUUCGCUACUUCGUACAAUAACAUUGGUUUCAUGUACAAACACAUGAGUGAAUACUCAAAAGCACUUUCAUUUUAUGAGAAAGCGCUUGGAAUUCGACAAAAAACUCUUUCUUCAAACUAUUCUGAUUUCGUGCAGUCAUACAACAAUAUCGGUAAUAUGUACGACAAAAUGGGAGAAUACUCAAAAGCACUUUUAUUUUACGAAAAAGCACUCGAGAUUCGACACAAAAUUCUUCCUUCAAAUCAUCUUCAUUUGGCUAAUUCAUACAAUAAUAUCGGUAAUGUAUAUAACAACAUGGGAGAGCAUUCGAAAGCACUUUCAUUUUAUGAAAAAACAGUGGAAAUUCGACAGAAAACUCUUCCUUCGAACCAUUCUGAUUUAACUAUUUCAUACAACAAUAUCGGCAAUGUAUACAACAAGAUGGGAGAGCACUCCAAAGCACUUGUAUUUUAUGAAAAAACAGUUGAAAUUCAACAAAAAAGUCUUUCUUCAAAUCAUCCUGAUUUGGCUACUUCAUACCACAAUAUUGGUUUGGUGUAUAAUAAUAUGGCAGAGUAUUCGAAAGCACUUUCAUUUUAUGAACAAGCAGUUGAUAUUCGACACAAAGCUCUUCCUUUAAAUCAUGCUUCGUUGGUUACUUCAUACAAAAAUAUCGGUUUGGUAUAUAACAAUAUGGGAAAGUACUCGAAGGUACUUUCAUUUUACGAAAAAGCGCUUGAAAUUCAACAAAGAAAUCUUCCUUUAAAUCAUCCUGAUUUCGCGCAGUCAUACAGCAAUAUCGGUAAUGUGUACGACAAGAUAGGAGAGUAUGAGAAAGCACUAUCAUUUCAUGAAAAAGCACUUAAAAUUCGACACAAAACUCUUCCUCCAAACUAUCCUGAUUUGGCUACUUCAUACAACAACAUCGGUAGUGUAUAUGGAAAUAUGGGAGAGUACUGCAAAGCACUUUCAUCUCACGAAAAAGCACUUGAAAUUCAACAAAAAACUCUUCCUUCAAAUCUAGAUUGCGCGCAGUCAUACAGCCAUAUUGGUUGGGUUUAUAGAAAUAUGAAAGACUAUUCGAAAGCACUUUCAUAUUAUGAACGUGCUCUAGACAUCAAACAACGUGCAUUACCUCCAAAUCAUCCUAGUAUUAAAGAUGUGAAAGAGACUAUUGAAAUUAUAAAAAAGAAAUUAUAA